AUGGCUGCCAGUGCUAACGCAAACUCCACUUAUACUAACCCAAUUCUCCCCGGCUGGCAUUCAGAUCCCAGCUGCAUCUUUGUCCCCGAACAAGACAACACCUUCUUCUGUACUGUAUCCACCUUCCUCACAUUCCCCGGGAUCCCAAUCUAUGCCAGCAAAGACCUUCAGAACUGGAAGCUCGUGAGCAACGCGUUCAACCGACAAAGUCAAGUCCCCCGGCUCGCCAAUGAAACCUCCCAAACCCAACAAGACGGCCUCUGGGCCCCAACCCUCCGAUACCGGACGGGCAAGUUCUACCUAGCCACCUCAUACGUAUCGAUGCAACCAGCGUUCACAGCGCAGGGGCUCCUGUUCACAUCGGAUAACCCCUACUCGGACGACGCGUGGUCCGAUCCCAUGCACUUCCACCUUGGCGAUAUCGACCCGGACCUCUUCUGGGAUGACGACGGGACAGUAUAUGUCUCGUAUGCGGGUAUCUCGCAGCAAAACCUAGAUCUGAAAACCGGUGCCACCGGCCCCGCGUAUAAGAUUUGGUCCGGCUCCGGUGGCCGCACGCCAGAGGGACCACAUAUCUACAAGAAGGACGGGUGGUAUUAUCUUUCCAUCGGCGAGGGCGGCACCGAGCUCGGGCAUAGACAGACGGUUGCGCGGUCACGCAGGGUCUCUGGUCCGUAUGAGGGGUACAGCGGGAACCCGCUCCUCACGAACGCGAAUACAACCGAGUACUUCCAGACGGUCGGUCAUGCGGAUUUCUUCGAGGAUGCGAAUGGGAACUGGUGGGGAGCUGCGCUGGCGACCCGGUCUGGGCCUCAGUGGACGGUGUAUCCGAUGGGGAGGGAGCUGGUGCUGUUUCCUGUGAGGUGGGAGGAGGGUGAUUGGCCGGUUGUGGAUCAGGUUCGGGGUCGUAUGGACGGGUGGGAUUUACCGAGUGCUGGGUCAUGCAAGGGGAUACCCGGGGAUGGGGCGUAUGUUGAUGCUUCGGACGAUGUGCAUUUCGCCCCCGGGUCGUCUAUUCCGAGUCACUUCUUGUACUGGCGGUUUCCGAAAGAGGACUCGUUCGCGGUCUCGCCGCCUGGUCAUCCGUUUUCUUUGCGGUUGUUGCCGUCCGAGAGUAUAACAGGGAAUGGGGUCCCAGGAAAUGAUGUCGAGUCGACGGCUAUCACGUUGAUUAUGCGUCGGCAGAGUCAUACGUACUUUGCCUACAGCGUGGACGUCUCCUUCGGGCCGCAGGUGGAUGGAGAGGAAGUUGGUGUGACGGUCUUCCUGACUCAGUUUCAACAUAUCGACUUGGGAAUCGUCCUUUUGCCUUCUGCUGAAGACUCAGAUACACUCGUUCCUCAUGUGAGGUUCAGGGUUACCUACCUGGGCGCGCAGGGGGUGGAUAUACCUGAGACCAUCAUUCAACCCUUGACGCAACGGCAUUCAUCGAGCACUGUGCAGGCAAGGUUACAGAUCCAGGCAGUCAAUACAACUCACUAUGCUCUCUCAGCAAGGGUACUAGGAGUGGCGGAAUUCAAGUUCGAGACUCAUGCUGAAGCCAGGCUUGUCAGCGGGGGUACGGGGCCAUUUACUGGUGCUUUACUCGGGGUCUAUGCAACGAGCAAUGGUGGACUUGGUCAAACUGCAUCGUAUAUUAGCAACUGGAAGUAUCAUGGUCAUGGUCAAUACAUUGGAGGAUAG